GGUGGUCGCUCUUGUCUGUUGAGCCUGACAAUUUUUUUUUUGCUCUUGAGAAAUACCACAUUCGCAUUAGCAAACCGUAAUCAGAGUUCUUGUCGCGAACGAAAAGAUGAUGAGGUUUUAACUUGUUGUGAAUUGGAAGGAUGAAAAACUACAAUGGAUUGGGAAUUGCAAACUGCUGCAAGAACUGAACAGUCAGACAAUGCAGAACUGAUUUUUUUCUCCUGGUGGUCACUAAUAUGAAUCCAUCUACUUGAACGAAUAUGAGUGCAGGCUAGCCAAGGUGCUACAGCUAGUCGCGGAUGUUGAUUUAUUUUUUCGUUUGAAGUACAACCAAGUUUGAUUUUUAUGCUCACUUACAAUCACUUGAUUGCUAGAAAAGAUCAUGUUGACCGCUAGGGCCGUUUAUUUUUUGGCUUGAGGGCCCGCCAGAAAAAAUGUGGCGAGGUCGGCCUACUCAUAUAGGCUGGUCUCGCAGAAGCACUGAGUGGACGAAUUGCUAGAACGACGGCCCCAUAGCAUCGUCUUCAUCUGAAAGAAGUAGGUACUAGUAUUGGAGGUAAGUAGUGACGCAGGGCAUCAAAUACAAGUACUAGUACUAGUCGCCGCACACAGGAGCACGUUUUGGACUUGGACCCAGGAAGCGGAAACAGAGCGGAAACCUCGAACGCCAAUAGUUGACUGUAUAGCGGACACGAACAAGCAGAACAAGAAUCUGUCCGAGUAGAACAAGAAAAUCCAAACUAGACCUUCAUCUCCAACUACCCAUCAACGCUAACCAACGACAAGAAGCGACAAGAUGGCGAGCAGUGACUACCUUCAGUUUUUGAAGGACGAGCUGCGGAAUGAUGAUCAGAGUGUGCGACUCGCGGCCGUCUCAAGGGCGUACUUGGUCGCGCAUGCGAUCGGCCCCAAGAGGACGGUGGAGGAACUGAUACCUUGGCUCUUUGACGUAUCGAAAUGCCAGACCUACCUCAACGACGACGAAUUUUUGUUUAGGUGUGGAGAACAGUACAUCCAAUUAAUGGGGCUGACAGGCGGGAAUCAUCUGUGCUUCGCGGCACCAAUCGAGUGGUUGGCCUACCAAGAGGAGACCGUGAUCAGGGAAAAAGCGAUUGAAGGUAAUUCUAUCGUGAUCGCCUGUGAAAAUUUGAAGCGCCUGAUAGAGGGGGUCUCUUCAACUACAGCAGCGCUUCGCUUACCGUGUCGCUCCGGUAGUGACUUUUGUCACCGCUUAAGCGAAGCGUCCUUAAGCUGCCUUGCGUGGCACUUAGCGUGUCUCUUACGCAGUGACUUUUGUCGCCGCCUAAGCUAGUCGCUCCUUAAGUGCCUCGCGUGGCACUUAGCGUGUCGCUUAAGCAGUAACUUUUGUCACCGGUUAAGCGAGGCGCCCCUUAAGUGCCCCACGCGACUCGCUACUUAUAAGCGACGCGCCAAGCGCCUCACGCGGGACAGCAUUGCUUCUGUACUCUACUUCCCCUUCCAUUGUCUUCACCCGCCAACACCGAAACACUCCUAUGUAUCAUCAAUGUGGUCAACAAUGAAAGGUAUCAAGUUGGUCUGCCGUGGCGGACGGGUAAACAUACAGCAGGAUAUACUGCCAAUUCUGCAGAGGUUAGCUUCGGCUGAGUGGUUCACCGCAAGGUUAUCAGUGUGCGGCUUGUUUCCAGCGGUCUAUGUUGGGGUGAAUGAUACUUACAAAGUGGAGUUGCGGAAACUCUUCAACCAACUAGCCGCCGACGAAACCCCUAUGGUCCGUCGAAGUGCAGCAAAUCACUUGGCAGGUAUUAUAUCUCAUGUAUGAGAUUUCCUAACCUAACCAUUAUGAAGGUGAAUGACACAACAUCCGAUAAUAAAUUUCGUAAUGAAUCAAUGUCUACCAGAUCAAUGGGUGCCGGGGGGCUUCGAUGUGCAGGAUUCACAACCUAACCUAACCUAACCUAACCUAACCAAGAAGUGUUAACAACUUCCCCAAGAAUCGCCCAACAAAAACUAAAUCCCAAACACUCGUCAGAAUUCGUCUCGGUGGUCGACAAGCAAGGAUGCAUCAUGGAUUUGAUACCUACCUACAGAAAUCUGGCAGCCGACGACACCCAAGAUAUCAUCAGGACCUCGUGUGUACUUAUGGAUCUCUGAUACUACAGUUCAGUCGUGGAUUCGAUCCUGGUGCAACAUGACGUGUCGAUGAGGAAAUUAUUUCAGAAAUAACGCAUCUUCACCGACAACUUCUCCUCCCAAUGAAAAACCCAGGUCGAAGUAUCAGCGAAUUUGGUAAAGUAUCAUUUUAAGGGAGACCAUGAGGGGGCGAAGCAGCAUAUCCUUAGCGUAAUAUCAAACGCUCUGGAAGACAGAAGCUGGCGUGUGCGACUUAGAGUCGCGGAAAAAUUCGCAAAACUUUGCGAGUACUAUAUUUUUUUAGUUUUGAGACUGAGACUGUAGUACCUUGAUGAUUAUUGAAUAACCUCCGUUCUAGCAAUAACAAUUUUAGAAAUGACAAACCGUCAGGAAAUCCACAAUGUUGAAUAACUCAUCCUAGUAGAAUUUGAUUAAUGGAAGAAGCGCUAUGAAGUUGGAUCAAUUAUUCUUGCCCUCAAUCAAUUCAGGGGUCUUGGUGCGGACAUAACGGGCAAUUUCAUGUUAGGCCCAUUUGCGAACAUGCUCAAAGAUAUCGAGCAGGAGGUGAGGACAGCAGCGGUACUCAGAUUUGAACGAUUUCUCUUGCUUCGAGUAGUAUUUACGUGUGAGUCCUCAGAUUCACUGAGUGAAUUUCACUGUAACUUUCUCUGGUUCAUCAGCAUCAUGGUGUCUGCGAUAUUCUCCUAAAUUUUUUCAACCAACACUCGACAGACAAAAGCAAUCGGGGAUUUACUUGAAGCGGAUUUGUUGACUGCAGAGCAGAUGCAGAGCUAUAUUGUCAGUUACUUCCAAGUUCUAGCAUUAGACGCAUCACAGAACGUCAGGGCAGCAGUGGCAAAGGUUAUCGGGCUCACGGGGAAGCGAUUGGGGAAAGAGAUGACACACGUAUAAGAGAUGACACACGUAUCACUCACAACGCUAAAGUUGAAUCUACAUCACAGAAACAAAAGCCUCCUGCUUUGUGAACGCAAUUAUCACUGUGAACUCUCUAUUAACAAGAUAAGCAUGAAGAUUAUCUUCCUCACCCUAAACCUACUGCUACCUAACCAUAACAGAAGCUGUUGCUGAACUUCGUAUCCGACUUGAUAAAAGACGAGUUUCACGAGGUCCGAUUAUACAUGGUUACUUUCGCAGCCGACGUUUGUGUCGUUUUAGGGCAAGACCAGGUGAGUUACUCACUUUUGAACGGCAUCAACGGCCUCAUUAUGGACAAGCACUGGCGCAUCCGUCGUGCGGUAGUAGAACAACUGCCAACACUGGCUAA